AGUUGUUAACGUCCGAUCAAAAAACCCUGAAUUACCAGAGAUCUACGGUAAAAUAAAUAUAAUUUCAAACGCCUACUUCCUGAUUCAACAAAAACAUCGUCAACGAAAUUGUACAGUAUACGGUAGCAUUGCAAGGAUAGGCCUACAAUACUGAUGGCGCAAUAAAAUAUUCAAGGUAUUGGGAACUUUUAGGCCUACGUCGUCAGUACCAUGAACGACAUCACCGUAUAUCAGUUGUCAGUGAUUGCUGUUCUUUUUGUCAUCACUGCAUGUUUAUCAUAUAUAGCACGAAAGAUGCCUUCGAACUCGGAAAGGCGUGUCGCUCCAUUAAACCAGUCUGCCAUUCCGCUUGAACCAUCGACAUCACAAAUAGGGUUUGCCACAGAGGCAUUUGUCGAAGAAGGAGAAAACAGCACACAACCUGUCGAAAACUGGAAAACUACCGCAAAAGUUACUCUGGAGGACACUGCUGGGAUUGACGAAUGCGGCAUUAUAGAUGCAGCGAUUAUAGGCCUACCUGGUGCUGUAACUGAUGAAAUCGAUGGUAGUGAUUUGAUGAUGAUUUGUGGUAAUGAGGAAGGCAAAUUUCGGUCCCAAAGCAGCCAAUCAAGCCUCACAGACGAUCAGGUGUCCACAAAAAAAGAUGACGUAUUUCAACAAGAGCAAAGCAUACAAGUCGUUACUCCCAACCAGCCACCUUAUGACUCGCACCCUUUAGGAUAUGGAUACCAACCAGUGCCUGUUUCUAUGGAACUGCCGCAGGCUCAGACAGAAAAUCUAGAUGAGAAUCAUGUACAAAACGUGGUUACGAACCCUGAACAUGAAAAUAACAACCAGUCAGUCAUAGAUACAAUUGAGAUCAAUCAUCAAACGAACACUGGCAAAGAGGCCAUUGAAGAUGAACAAAUGCAAAUGGAUAGCGACAAACUGCAGCAUGUUGUCGUAGACGCCGAAUUAUCUCAUGAAUUAACAAAAGAAAUCGUGCCAGAGGAUACUCUUAUGGCGGACACGAUCACAGAUGUCGAAAUGAUGGCAAAAUUAAAGAUUAAGUUAAGAAAAUCCACAGACAACCUAAACGCAAAUAACGACAGGAAUUCACCAAAUAUUGCUACUUCUGCUGUUGUGAGUAUUAGUGCUGUGUCACCACAAGAAGCGCCUGCCAACGAGGGUGAAGCGGAAGAUAGGGAUGAAAACUCCUGUGGGAAAACCAUGCCCAUAAUCAGCAAUACUGACGAGGAAGUAAAUGUCAAUCAAACAGUGCUGAAAAAUCAUGUUAUAGAUGUCACUGCGGAUUCGAAUAUCGAAACUAGAUCAAGUGGUGUCGAAGUUAAUGAGACGCAGGAGAUUGAUGAAACCUCGGUGGUGCACCAUCUAAGUAGUCCUUUGGAAAACGAGUCUGAAAAUUCUAGAAAACAAGAGGGCUCCGCUAAAGACGACGAGCGUACAACCCAAGAUACAAGUCAAUCCGAUAAUGUUGAAUAAACACUUAAACCCCAAAACAAGGUUUUUAGAAGGGUAAUUAUCUAUUAUGGAGUUAAUUUCAAUUGUUUUAUAUCAUGUGCCACCAAUUUUCUUUAUUAUUUUCUGGGGUGGAUGCAGGAUUUGGCGGUAAGGGGUGCGUGAUGAGUGCACCACCUUAGCCCCACCAUGGUUGGGGAUGAGAAAAUUUUGAGAAUGGACCACUAGGUGCCCAGAAAUUUCACUCUCAUACUUCUCAACAAUACAAUACAUAUAUUUUUCUUAAUACAAAUUGGGGGGGGGGGGGAAACACCCUCUGCACCCCCACUUCCUGCAUCUGCCCCAGAUAUAUAGGUAUCACGUCAAUUAAUUAAGGCUACUCAGCUUUGCCGGGGGGAGGGGGGAUUAAAUGAUGUUUUACCUUUAGAAAGGGUUCAAACGCAAAUGGUUAGAUUUGUAGACCUACUCAGGACCACAACAUACCAGUAAAGAGGUUCUUUAUGCCAAACUAGGAUUGCAGUCUCUGAAGGCAAUUCAAAAAUUGCCAACGUCUAAAGUUUGCCAAAAGCCUUACAUGGUAAAGGUACGGUAAUUGUAACAUCUAUGCACACCACGAACAUAAAGAUGUACUGUAAAAUUCAAAAUACAGCUCCUGAAAAUUUAAAGUCAGAGCUUUCAGAGUGUAUUGCAAUUUUAUAUAAUGUUUACAAUGUCUCUUUUAUUUUCUAGUAUUUUAUCGUAUUUAAUGUAUUAGUACUUAAUAAUUUUUAAUGUUAAGUGUCUACCUUUCUACUAGUAUCUUUACUGUAUUUUACUGCAUUUCAAUGUUUUUAGGAUUUACUGUAUUAAUAUGUUAUCGUAUUUGGUGUCACAACAAUUUAUUGCGCAAUAGUUUAAUGCACAACAAUUAUUUAGAAUGUUAUACAUACAGAAGCAUACAUUCAAUAAAUUUUACUUUAGUACCUAGUCCUAGAAUUUUCAUUAUUUAAAUUCAAAAUACUGCUCCUGAAAAUUUAAAGUCAGAGCUUUCAGAGUGUAUUGCAAUUUUAUAUAAUGUUUACAAUGUCUCUUUUAUUGUCUAGUAUUUUAUCGUAUUUAAUGUAUUAGUACUUAAUAAUUUUUAAUGUUAAGUGUCUACCUUUCUACUAGUAUCUUUACUGUAUUUUACUGCAUUUCAAUGUUUUUAGGAUUUACUGUAUUAAUAUAUUAUCGUAUUUGGUGUCACAACAAUUUAUUGCACAAUAGUUUAAUGCACAACAAUUAUUUAGAAUGUUAUACAUACAGAAGCAUACAUUCAAUAAAUUUUACUUUAGUACCUAGUCCUAGAAUUUUCAUUAUUUAAAUUCAAAAUACUGCUCCUGAAAAUUUAAAGUCAGAGCUUUCAGGGAUUUCUCUACCACACCCGAGGAAAUUGAUGGCAUGGAGACCAUGCCAAAACUAAUGUUACCAACUUAAAUGUAGAACUGUUCAAAGAAUUUAAUAAAAACUGAGAUAUCUAUACUAUAUACA